GUCUAGUUAGUGGCACAGUUUCACAGUUCCUUGUUCUAUCAGUGUUGCAAAAAUUGGUGAAUACAUUAAAACUGUUUCACUGAAUAAUGUGAAUUGUGUUGAUUGUAAGACUUGGUUUUAACUAUGUUUUGUGAUUGUGAACGAGUGAAAAUGUGUUUUGAUAAAAAGCGCAUCAGGUCCUAAGUUCAAUUAAAUUAUUGCAAAUCUGCAAUUCUGCACACGACACGAGCGAUUCUAAAAUCACAAUGUAAUAAAUGUAUAUACAUAUAAAACAGCGUAGCACCGCUUUCAGUGUUAAAUAACGAAAGAAGCUAAACUUGCUUAGUAAAUGCUUCAAAUUAUGUGUCACAUAACAGCGAGCGAGAAGCAUGGCGGAGGAACAGGCGUGCCUCGUGCGCGCUCGCUCUGACUCCGACUCGCCCAAGAGCUUUGGGUCCAUAGCUCGCACCAUGGCUUACACAGAGGACAGACUGACUGGUAAGUCCUACGGAUCAGGUGAGCCGGGUGCAGUCAGCAUGACUGUCAAUCCACCAGAACCCAUGGACAAUGAGAGUGGAGAGCUCAUAGACUACAGCGACACCAGCGCCUUAGACCAGUUCCACGAGGACGCGCUGCGACAGGCCGGCUGCGGUAUAGCCCAACUGAAGGUGUAUCUAGCAUGCAGCCUCGCGCUCGCCGGCGCGACCUUGGAACUUUCGGCGGUGCCCUUCGUGCUACCCUCGUGUGAGAUCGAGCUGUGCAUACUGCCACACGAGAAGAAUUGGCUUGUGCUGAUCAGCCUGGUGGGCGGGUCGCUGGGCGGCGCGGGCUGGGGCGCGCUGGGCGGGCGGCUGGGCCGGCGCCGCGCGCUGCUGUCGGCGCUGGCCGUCAACGCCGUGUUCGCCGCCGUGGCCGCCUUCAUGCCCACCUACGGCACCUUCAUGAUGGCCCGAUUCUGCUCGGCCAUUGGUUCAGGGGGGCUGGUGCCGACGUGCUACGCCUACUGCCACGAGCUGUCCCCGCGGCCGCCGCGCCGCCGCCUGCUGGCCGCGCUGGUGGCGGCGCACGGCGUGGGCGCCCUGCUGGCGGCUGCCCUCGCACAUGCUGUGCUACCACCGACUGGAGCUGAUGCUUUGUUAGACGAUAAGGAGCAUUUCUCUGCGUGGCACAGGUAUUUGCUGUUGUGUACGUUGCCAAUCCUCGCAUCGCUCGUGUCUCUGAUAUGGGCGCAAGAAUCGCCGCGGUACUUGCUCGAUGUCGGCAGGGAAGUUGACGCCAUGCUCGUUUAUCAGAGCAUCCACAGCAGCAACCAGGCGGGCUGGUGCGUGUCGGGCGCGGCGGAGUGCCGGCCCGGGGCGCUGCAGCUGCCUCCGAAACGACCCGCCGCGCUUCACUACGUGCGCCACACCGUCAAGAUGUUCUGGCAAGCCUACUUCCAGCUGUUUUCGAGUGCGUACAGAAACACUACGUUUUCUCUCGGCGGGGUGAUGCUCUUCUCCAUGGCUAUUCAGUUCUUCCUAGCCUCACACAUACCUUCAGCCGUCCUGUCCAUCGAGAACCAAGAAUUCGAAGCGUCGAAAGUAAUAAUCGAAAACACGACAUACGAGAACCGGCACUUCAACGAGACGCUCGAAAACGUCGAAUAUCGGAACGUGACGUUCAAUAAAUGCACGUUCAGAGAUAUGAUGCUAUCACACGUGGCGUUUAGGAACUGUUCGUUCUUCGAUGUGGCGUUUUCUAAUAUCAAGACCUCUUAUGCGUACUUCACUGGCUCGCUGUUUGUUAAUACUACCAUAAUUGACACAGACAUAACAGUGGGGCGCGAGAUCGACGCGUGGUCCGAGCUGCGCCACUCCACCGUGCGCGGCAUGCGCCUCGCCUGCCUGCGCGAGGCGCCGCUCACGUGGCGCCUCGCCGGCGCGCUGAGGGAACAGGCCCACGCGGCGCUAGCUACUAUAUUAGCUGGCUUAUUUGCCGCUAUUUUUGCCCCUACGCUGGCUUUAAGCGGGAAAUUUUCACCUAAAGUGAUCCUUUGCGCGAUAUGUGUCUUGCUGUCUCCCUCUAUAUACGUGGUGCAGAGCGAGACAGCGCUAUACGUGGUGGAGGCCGUAUACAGGGUGUUCCUGACUCUGGUGUUCUACAUAGCUUGCGUGGGGAUCGUGGACUCAUAUCCUGCUAAUUUGAGAUGCACAGCCCACGGGCUAAUAAUGUCGGUGGCGUACAUGGGCGGAGCAAUAGUGCGGGGGCUGUGGGCCGCGCCGCCCGCCGCCGCCGCCGUCUUGUGCGCCGUCUGUGCUGUCGCCGCCGCCGCCAGCGCGGCCCGCGUCAGAUAGAG